AUGCCUGAAGUUAAAGACAAAUCCAAGGUGCACAAGCUGUCCAUCAGAGGAUCGGCGAAGCUUGUGGCUGAAUUCUUUGAAUAUUCGAUUAACUCAAUUCUAUUUCAACGCGGUGUCUACCCUCCAGAGGACUUCAUAACUGUCAAAAAGUAUGGCCUAAACAUGCUUGUGUCGGCCGAUGACCAGGUCAAAGCAUAUAUCAAGAAGAUUAUGUCCCAAUUGAAUAAAUGGAUGGCUGGCGGGAAAAUCUCAAAGCUUGUGGUGGUCGUCACAGACCGUGAGUCUGGUGACCAUGUGGAGCGAUGGCAGUUUGACGUUGAAAUCUUCGGCAAACCUUCCAAGAGUAGAAGUGCAGGAAAGUCGGGUGAUAAAGAGAAUUCGGUCCCUGGGGACGCCAACGCCGAAGCUGCCGAGACCGCUGAAAAGACAGAAAAGGAGAUCCAAGACGAGAUCCAGGCUAUCUUCCGCCAAAUCACUGCAUCAGUGACCUUCCUCCCUGUGUUGGACGGAGAGUUCACAUUUAACGUCCUCGUUUAUGCCGACGCAGACUCCGAGGUGCCCGUGGAAUGGGGUGACAGCGAUGCAAAGGAGAUCAAGAAUGCUGAGAAGGUUCAACUGCGCAGUUUUAGUACUAACAACCACCGAGUGGGCACCCUAGUCAGCUACCGACUGGCAGACUAA